UGAGUGAAUAAGGUUACACGCGAGUUUCGAUUGAGGGACGGUUGGCGCGAAAUGUGCUCUUGUUUGUUUGUGGUAGCGUGGUAGUGAAUCGACGUCACCCUUACAUACGUUUCCUUGAAAGUUUUGCAUUCCGAAGUAGCCACGCAAAUGUCCGUUUCACAAGCACAAAAAGAAAAGAAUUCAAAGAUUUCUUGAGUGAGGCACAGUUUAGUAGUAUAUUUGAUUGUCUGUUUACAAUUUUGUUUAUUUAUUUAAUGUGUUUUUAAAUAAUUAUGCGAAAUUUGAAAUUCUUCAAAAUUUUUACAUGUCUGUACAAAUAAGGAAUCUAAAUCUAAAGCUGAUAAAAUACGAAAUAAGGCUGAAGAUAGUAAAGAUCAAGAAAAUAAAGUCACAGACAAAGACGACGAUCCGUUAGAAUUGAAUAUUAAAAAAGAACCUGUACAAUCCGAUGGUCGCGGACCUUACGUUCCUGGUUCACUAACUGAUCCGGACAAGAGGCACGAUAGCCAUGAGGCUCUAGUUAAAGAUGCUGUCGAACAAAUACACGGACCUCAAGAGGAAGAGGUUGACAAAUUUUGGCGGAAAGUAGCUGAAAACGCGAAGAAAAAUGAUCUUGUUGAAGAACAGAAUAAUAUGAGAGACGUCAAAACAAGUGGGACCCCAAAACUGCCCCAUGUUAACGUCGCACAGAACUUUCAGUUUGCGAGGAAAAUGCACGUCGGAAAUCUGGAGCAUCAGCCGUUACCUGAUACUUUAGGAUACCGAAAUUUAACGAAAGUUGCAGAACAUCGUGAUUCUGAUAUCAUUGUUAAACCAUACGCUAUCGGGUGGAAAGGAUACGGCGCAUCCGGCCCUACGUGUUGCACUAAGAUGCGUGUUCAUAGACCCAAGACAAGCGACCCUAAGAAGCCUGACGGUGAUAAAGGAGAAGGCCAAAGGCCAUCAACAUCUGCACCGGAUCUAGGAGGACAAUAUGCAAAACAAAUGUCUCUCAUGGAUCUAGCAAUCUGUUGGGAUUUUAGGCCAGACGACCCCAAAAGGGAACCAAGACCACCAAAGCAUAUAGACGGCUCCAACGGGUCGAAAGCACCAGCAGUCUUCACUAUGGUGCAUACACCAAAGGAAGAACAUGAAGGUAUAAAUAUUGGUCAUACCAAUCCUAUUUUUAAUCAGAACCGUGUGGUAGGUGACAUCGGCCAUCACCCGGUACCAUAUUUUGAAAAAGAUAUGGCAAAAGAAAGACGAAGAGAAUCAUGUGAUGUUCAAUAUUGUCCUCAACAUGCUACUGCUAAUGAAAGAGGCUCCAGAUCGGCGUCAUCUAGCAGGAAGAGUUCAGGUCAGUCAGGAAAGAAGCCAGAAUGUGAUGGAAUUCACGGAUGCGGUACUCCGAGUGAAAUGAGUCGUAAGUCUAGUCGGGGCGACACAAGGCCAGAAAAACUGCAACCUAUAAAGGAUGCAUGGAACGCCAAAAAUAAGAAUAAUAACAACGCUGGUUAUGACGUUAAUCGCAAUCGUAAUAGUUUAGAGUCGUACGAGAAGACUCCACUGGCGCAAGGUAAAUUGCAUCACAGCUCGCCAAAUGAGUCGCAGCAGUUUUCGCGACGUUCAACGAAAGAUAGCGAUCAACUAAAUAUUAAACACAAAAAUUGCGUGUCUUGUAACGGCGCUAAAUUAUCCAAUGACACGAAACAGAAGGAAGAUUAUAAGUUUGCGUUUAAAGCUGGUAACCCCAACUCAGUGCAGAGUGUGACUGGUUCUACUGACUCUAAAGGAGUGAAAAUGCCCAAGAUGCGUCAUCCGUACAGCAAGAAAUCGUAUACAAUUCCGACCUUAGCACCUCCGUUCAGUAUCUGGCGUGACGCGAACGCGACCGGCUACCCCGAGCACUGGCGGUUGGCGAGCGUCUAUCAACACGCUUACAAACCACCUGAGCAGAGGCGUAAACCGCUUAUAGACAGCGUUUAUCAGUGAAAGUGAAAAUGCACCUUAUGAUUAACGUUUAUUGGGUCCAAUAACCAAUAACAGAAUGUACAUUAAAUUAUUUUAUUCAGCUGUUUGGAAUUAAAUAUUUAAAACGAUAA